AGUGAUUUUGCUGGCCAGAAACUGUUUGAUUAAUCUAUAAUCUUCAAAAAACACUUUCUUUUAGGUAAAACAAUUGCCACUUUCUAAAUCCCAAUGACUGCACUUAAGGAGACGCUGUGGUUAACACUGGAGGAUUUGAGGGACGAUGAAUUCAAGCAGUUCAAGUGGCUGAUCCACCAGGUGGAUAUUGUGCACACAAUCAUCCCACACCAUGAUCCCUGCCCGGCCAUUCCUGUGGCCAGGCUGGAGAAGGCCGACAGGCAGGACACCGUUGCUCAGAUGGUGCAGUUCUAUGACCUUCAUGGAGCUCUGGAGGUCACCAGAGGGCUUUUGAUCAAGAUCAACAGAAAUGAUCUUGUGCAGCAACUAUCAAGCAUCACUUCAAAAUCAAGAGCACCAAAACCUCCACAGCUGAUCACAUCACACCAACAAACUCUCCAGUCUAAUCUUCAGAACCGCUUCAUGUGUGUUCAGGAGGGAAUGUCAGGUACGCAGGACAAAAAGCUUCUCGUUGACAUCUACACAGAACUCUACAUCACAGAUGGCGGCAACUUGCAAAACCACCGAGUACACGAGGUCAGGCAGAUUGAGAUGGCAUCAAGAAAGACAGCCGCAACAGAGACAUCAGUCAAACCCAAGGAUAUCUUCAAACACCCGUCUGGAAAACACAUACCCAUACGGACAGUGCUGACCACUGGGAAUGCAGGGAUUGGGAAAACAUUUCUUGUCCAAAAGUUCAUCCUUGACUGGGCUGAAGGACGAAGCAAUCAGGAUGUGCAUCUCAUAUUCCCCUUCACCUUCCGCCAGCUGAAUUUGCUGAAGGGAAAACGGUUGUGCCUCUCCAAAUUCAUCCACAAAUGUAUCUGGGAAACCAAAGAUAUCAAAGAGGACACACUGAAUUACAUUUUCGCCCAGUUACAGAGGUCAGGAAACACCAACUAUGACAAGAGUAAAUUCAAACUCCUCUUCGUGUUGGAUGGACUCGAUGAGAACCGUCUUCAGCUCGACUUCACCGCCAAAGAGAAAACAGUAAUUGAUGUGACAAAGUCAAUAAAGAUAGAAGGACUGCUGGUGAACCUCAUCAGAGGGACUCUGCUCCCAUCCUCUCGUCUUUGGAUAACAACACGACCUGCCGCAGCCAACCAGAUCUCCAUGGAGUUUGUUGACAUGGUGUCAGAGGUGAGAGGGUUCACCGACCAACAGAAGGAGGACUAUUUCACCAAGAGAUUCAGCCACGAUGAGCAUGCGAGAAGAGUGAUCUCCCACAUUAAGGCAUCACAAAGUCUCCAUAUCAUGUGCCACAUUCCAGUCUUCUGCUGGAUCACCGCUACGGUGCUGGAGGACGUGUUGAAAAGCAGUGGGGAAGUGGAGCUGCCCAAGACUUUGACCGGGAUGUACACCGAAUUCCUGGCUUUUCAAAUGAGACAGACCAAAGAGAAGUACGGCACAAAGAAGAGCAUUCUCUACAUCCAGUCACUUGCAAAACUGGCUUUUAACCAGCUGGAGAAAGGAAAUAUAAUCUUCUAUGAGCAAGACCUAAAUGAAAGUGGAAUUGAUCUCAGUGAAGCCUCUGUGUACUCUGGAGUGUUCACGCAGAUCUUCAGAAGGGAGUGCUGGAAGAAGAAGGACAAGAGCAGAAUGUUCAGCUUCAUCCAUCUGAGCAUUCAGGAGUUUCUGGCAGCUUUUUAUGUGUGGUUAUCGCUCAUUAACAACGGCAAGAAUGUGAUGGCUGAAUCCCAGUCUACUUCCAAAAGUCCGUGGAUGUUUUUCAACAAAACAUCUCCAACAGAGGUCCAGAGAACUGCAAUUGACAGGGCCUUGGAGAGUCCAGGGGGACACCUGGAUUUGUUCCUCCGUUUCCUGUUGGGCCUCUCACUGCAGACAAAUCAAGAUCUUCUGACAGACCUGCUUCACCAGAAAAACACGAGUCCAAGCAGUAAUCAAGAGACAAUCCAGUACAUCAAAAAGAAGAUCAAGAAUCCAUCUGCAGACAGAAGCUUCAACCUGAUUUACUGUCUGUAUGAGCUCAAUGAUCAUUCUCUCGUGGAGGAGAUUCAAGAGUACUUGAACUCUGGAAACCUCGCAAAAAGAUUUCUUUCUCCUGCUCAGUGGUCAGCUCUGGUCUUCAUCCUUCUGUCUUCAGACAAAAAGCCGGCUGUGUUUGACCUGAAGAAAUACUGUGCCUCAGAGCAGGGUCUUCUGAGGCUGCUGCCAGCCUUUCAAGAAUCCACGACAUACCUGCUGAGUGGCUGUAAUCUGUCAGAGAGCUUCAAAGCUGUAGCUUCAGUUCUGACCUCUGAGGAGUCUAAUCUGAGAGAGCUGGACCUGAGCAGCAACAAUCCUCUUGACACCGGAGUUGCAGUGCUCUUUGCUGGACUGGAGAGCCCACACUGCAGAGUCCAGUCACUCAGGUUGAGUGACUGUAACCUCACAGAGACAAGCUGUAAAACUCUGGCCUCAGUUCUCAGCUCCAGAUGCUCUACUCUGCGAGAGCUGGACCUGGGGAACAACAACUUGCAGGACGGAGGAGUGAAGCUGCUCUGCGCUGGACUAGAGAGUCUGCACUGUUCACUGGAGUCUCUCAGGCUGCAUUUGUGUAAGCUGUCAUGGGUGAGCUGUGAAGCUCUGGCCUCAGUUCUCAGCUCACAGUCAUCUUGUCUGAAACUGCUGGACCCGAGUAACAACGACCUGCUGGAUUCUGGAGUAAAAGCUCUCUCUGCCGGACUGGGAUGUCCACAGUGUAGACUGGAAACUCUCAGGUUGUCAGGCUGUCUGGUGACACAGGAAGGCUGUGUCUCUCUGGCCUCAGCUCUGCGCUCUAACCCCUCCUCUCUGAGAGAACUGGACCUGAGCUACAAUCAUCUAGGAGAUUCUGGAGUGAUGAGCCUGUCUGCUGGAGUGGAGGACCCACAGUGGAGACUGGACACUCUGAAGGUCGACCCUAGAGUGCGCUGGUUGAAAUCCGGUCUUAAGAAAUAUGCCUGUGAACUCACGCUCGACCUGGACACAGCACACCGAGACCUCGUCCUGUCUGACGAUCACAAGGGAGUGACGAGGAGGAGAGACGAACAGCCGUACCCAGAUCACCCCGACAGGUUCUCUGGCUGGUGUGAGCUGCUGUGCAGAGAAGGUCUGACUGGUCGCUGUUACUGGGAGGUGGAGUGGAAGGGACGGGUUUGGAUUGCAGUGUCGUACAGAGGGAUCGGCCGGAGUGGGAAAGGCAUCGACUGCUGUUUCGGGUGGAAUGAGAAGUCCUGGUGUCUAGAGUGCACUGAUGACCAGUACUAUAGUUGGCAUAAUAAAAUAAUAACAAACGUACGGUUUCAUCCCCUCAGCACUUCCAGGAUAGCAGUGUAUCUGGACUGGCCUGCUGGCAUGCUGUCCUUCUACAGAGUUUCCUCUGAAGCACUCACCCACCUCCACACCUUCUAUUCCACAUUCACAGAACCCCUGUACCCAGGCUUCUGGGUCGGGUUGAACUGCUCGGUGACUCUGUGUCAGAUGGAGGACGAAGAGAUUGGCGCCUGCUUGAACAAACAAUAAAAUAAUGCCUGCUACAU